AUAAAUUCAGAAUAUGAUCGGCGAUUUUGCUAUUUUCUAAUAACAGAAUCGUAGAGAACAUGGAACUUACAUUUUGUUGGUUUUCGAAAAUAUCUAAUAUGAAAUUUAUAGAAUUAUUAUUUGCAAAAGUAUUUUCGAUUACAGAUUAAAUACGAUAUGUUAUUGACUAUCUUUCGAUAAUAGUUACAGUACAAAGAAUAAUUUAUCUUAUGCUCGUGUUUUAAGCUUCUAAAGAAAGAUGCCGUUGGCCUAAGUAUUGAAAACUACUGUGAGAUUGAGUAAAGAAAUUAUUUAAAAAGAAAUCUAAUAAAUUUCAUCAAAUAUAAGAAAAAAAGAGAUAGAUCUUAUUUAUUAUCAAAAAAUAAUAUAGUGAAGUAAAACUCGUGAAAUUAAUUAUGAUUUCGCAAAGAGAAGAACCUGUAUGGUCUAAUAUAGCAAUUCGUAUGUUCAUAAAUACAAUAUCCCAUCCGAUCGAAUAUGCAAAAGUUCUGAUACAGAUUGGUCAUGAACCUAUUGCACCACGCCAAACAGUGACGUUGUUUGGAAAACCAGCAUUAGCUUUACCUAACGUUUUUCAAUAUGUUAGGUAUAUAAAAAAUGUUGAUGGAUUUAGUGGAUGUUAUCGAGGACUUGUACCCAAACUUUGUGCAUAUACUAUCAGUGCAGUAGCCUUUGAGAAAACUUCUGAAUGCAUUUCAUUUAGUGGCGAACCUGACAAAAAUAUUGAUGACGAAGAAUUAUCAGAACCUGAAAGACGUACUAGAUGUAUACACGAACUUAUACGGGAUUUACUUAGUAGAAUGAUGGGAAUCAUAGUAAGCCAUCCAUUAGAUGUAAUAAUGUUAAGAAUGAUGGCCCAAUUUGUAGGUGGUGAAACGAAAUAUAAUGGAUUGAUUAGAUCGUUUAUAGAAGUGUACAAGGAGAAUGGGAUUGCAGGAUAUUAUGCAGGAUUAGUACCACGCCUGAUUGCAAAUGCAGCAGUAUUAGUUCUUGUCAGUUCAUCAACUUAUGUCAUCAAUAAAUAUGUUAUUCGUGAUCAAGAAUUAAAGACUUAUACAGCUUCCACUAUGAAAUUUCUUGCAACGACCGUUACAUAUCCAUUUUUGGUAGUAUCUCAUUGCAUGGCAGUAAAUAACUGCGGGUUGGUUGCUGGUCUUCCUCCAAAUAUGCCAAUUUAUAAUAGUUGGUUGGAUUGCUGGUCUCAUUUAUCAAGUAUCAAUCAAUUGAAGAGAGGCAGCAGUCUUUUAUGGCGCUAUUAUACAGGUCCACAAGUAAUUAUGAAUGGAAAAGCAAUACCUAUUAAUGCAGAUGACUUUUAUCUGGAAAGUAAAAUCCAAUAAAAAUUUGGUUGAUACUUUGAAAAAUAUUCAGAAGACCAAUAAAAAUCAGUCCUAAAUCACAUAUGUGUUACAUUACGGUGUUCAUCUGUAAUUUAUAAGGUACUUUACAAUAUUGUAUAAUAAAGAUAUAGAUAGUUUUUACUAUUUCAAUAUGUAUUCCAGUAUAAACUAUAUACUAAAAACUUUGGAUCAUAUGUUCGAACUAUGUAUGUAUAUAUGAUACAUAUGUUUAAUGAGAACAUAAGUAUGCAUCGAUGAUGAGCUUAUAUAAAUUAUAAUAUUUAAUAUCAAAAAAUUCCAUUUUAUUCAAUAUCUUUUCCAAGUGCUCCAUUAUUUUUGUCUUCUUUAUUUCAAUGAAAAGUUCUAUUUAUCUCAUAGUUUAAAAAAAAAAAUCAAAAUUUAUUUUAUUUCAGCGUCUUUAUUGUUUGGGCGUUUUGUCAAUUUACAAUGAGAUUUGUCAGGCAUUAAUCAUUUGCAGACACAUGAGUAUUGCAUCAUUAGAUUGUGUGUGUACAUAUUUUACUACAUUUCUAAUAAUAAUUUAUCAUACAUGAAAGUUUAUGCUAAGUUUUGCAUUUGACACAUGUAUAAAAAAAAUAUUGACUUGAACUAUAGUCUUAUACAUUAUACAUAUAUUUUUCCAGGUAGUAAGUUUGAACUGUAAUUUAUCUACUAAAGCUGCAAUAUGAAUGUGAAUAAUGAACAGAAUGCAUUUAUUAAUAAUAUAUUAUAUAUACUUAGUUUCUAUUUAAAAUUUAAUAAUUGAAAAUGAAUAAUACCAAAAUUAUUCUAUACUAUACAAUGUUGAUGUUGAAAUAUUUUAAUAAAAAGAAAAAAAAAAAGGAAUAUAUUUAUAAAUAUUUAGUUUGUUUUCAAUGGUUAUAUAAAGGUUAAUUUCCUACGUAAUAUUUUACCUAUGCUCAAGUAAUAAAAUAAAUAAAUCAAAAAAUAUAUUUUAUUCACAAUAACAACUAAGAUACACCACUUUUUUUUUCGUCAAUACCUCAACAAUACUAUUUUGACAUUAAUAUUACUGUAUGCAAUAAUUAUCUUAUAUUGUAAAGAUACAUAUUUAUCCCUUAAAUCUUCUUAACGUUUUUGAGUAUAAUUAAUAUUAAGAAGUACUAUGUUUGACCAUUUGUUGCAUGAAAAAUAUAAAUGCAACUGUGCACUUAAAAUGUUGCUAAUAUGAAAAUUGUAAUCUUUGUAAAAUAUAUAAUAUACAUAUAAUUGCUGAUUUUGAAAAGAUUUCUUUAGAUAACAUAUAUUUUGAAGAAUUGUGCAAUAUUUAAGUGCCAUAUGUUUUAAAUAUCUGGUCCACUUCUGCUUUUUAUGCAAUUUUUCGAUUUUAACUGCUGUUGAUACAAAAAAAUUACAUUCGUCAUAAUUUUUUUUCAAUAUCAUUUAGUUUUUAAGUUCUACUCUUAAGUAGUCUUAGGAAUGUCAUAUUUUGCAGCUGGCAUUAUAGUUCACUAUAAGUUAUUGAAGAUUUUGCAUUUUGCACACUGAACAAUUAAAUGAUUCAUAUUGAUUGGAAAUAUAUCAAAUGAAAAUAGAAGAUCAUUGGUCAUUUUACUAUCUUUUUUAAAUAUGUUAAAUUUGCGCAAUUAAUAUAAUUUUUAUGGUAUUUGUAAUAGUUUAUACAUGUAUCUCAAACAUUAUAAUGGCCAAUGAUCCUUUACUUUACCUAAUACUUGAUAUUAUAAUAUACAACUUGUACAGUUUUUGUUUCUUAAAAAUAUAUGAAUUUGCAUACUUUAUAAUAUGAGAAUCUGCAUCUUCUAAUUCUUUGAUUACAAUUUUUAUUUUUUAUAUAUGAUCUUGUUUUAUAAGAGAUAUAUCUGUGAAUGCAUUGUCAUAUAAUUUUAUGGCAUUGGAUCAUCCAGAUUCAUACAACACGAUAAACAUUUAAUAUUCGAUCAACAAAUUUUACUUAUGCUAUUAAAUAUAACAACUAAUUGUUGUAAGAUCUGUUCAUGUAUUGGAAUGUUUAUAAACUAAAAAUAGAAGUGUAUAUCUUAGUUCAAUUACACUCACAACAGCAAGUAUAUCAUUUCAUGUUUAAAUAGUAUAGAGGAAAUAUAAUACUAGACUGUCCAUUAUUCACAUUCUUUAGUGAAGAUUUUAUGCAACUUGUUCAUUGUAUUUAACGACUUUUACAUAUCUUUAAGGAUACUAUUUAUUUACAAAAGUAUACUUCUUAUAGUGUAUGAAUAAUUGAAAAGAAAAACUUAGAUGUAAUCAAAUUUUAAUAAUCCUACGGCAGUAUAAUACUUAAUUUAAAACAGGAUUUUAUCCAUAAAUAUAUUAACCAGUUUAUAACAUUAUCCUAACAUAGAAAUAAAAAAAGGUAGAUAAAAAUUUCAGAUCUAGCAUUAAAAUAUAAGUAUGAGAUAUAUAAAACAAUAGAAUUAAAGAUAAAUUAAGUGUCUAUCAAUGUUAAGUUUGCAAAAAGAAGUGCUACUGUAAUGCAUUAUUUCUGCAUUGUUUAAAGCAAAAUAUGGUGUAUGAUACAUUCAGGUGAUAAAAUUAUUAAAUUUAAGCAUUGAAAAUAAAUUAAUGGUACAUUUCUUUCUAUUAUAAUCACUGUUAUAGCAGCAUACUUUCUUACUUAAUGUCACUAGGUGCAAAUAAAUAAAUAAUAUCUGA